UUUAUGCCACAAGUUCCUAUUUGUUUUCUCCUAUUAUUUUGUGCUCCCACAAUUCCCUAUAAUAGACAAUAGGAGACCACCAACAAAAUACUAAUUUAAAGGAGAUUCUCUAAUUUUCUUAACGACUUUUGUCAGUGGAAACGCGGGUGUAAACAUUCGUAAAGUUCAAAGUUAGGAUCAAUGAACAUGUAAUUAACCAAAGGGAAAGUGAAAAGUGGGACAGAGCCAUAAAUCCCAGGCAUUUUACAUCAAUUUUGUCAAAAAUUUCGAACACGCCCACAAGACUUUGACGUUUGAUUGACGUUUUGUGGUAUUUUUGUUUAUUUUUUUUUGUUGCUUUUUCUGUGAUUAAAUGUUUUCCAUUUUGAACCCAUACCAUCAUAUAUCGCCUACGGUUUCCAAAUAGGCAAUGGUGGUUGUAAGUGGUUCCUGGGUCAAGAAUGUUGUCCCCUAUUCCACCCAGAUAACUGAACGUAUUGAGCUACUAGAGAAUGAAACCAUGGCUGCCAAAGCCAUCCUCAUUUGUCGCCCCAACUCGCAUCUUUUCCAAGAAAGAGUCCUCACACUAGAUCAACCGAUUAAAGUAGGCAGAUCUGUAGCAAGAAUUAAACCCACUUCUAAUAAUGCCAUAUUUGAUUGCAAGGUGCUAUCCCGCCACCAUGCUCUUCUAUGGUACGAAGAUGGAAAGUUCUACCUGCAAGACACAAAAAGUAGCAAUGGAACCUUCGUCAACAACACCAAAUUAUUCACCGACAGCCAUGAAAUGUGCUCGGGGGACAUUGUACAGUUUGGAGUGGACGUUAUGGAGAACCGAAAGGUCACCCAUGGGUGUAUAAUAGCCACUAUAAAGCUGUUUUUACCUGAUGGAAGCGAGGCCAAGGCCAGUCCUAGCAUUACUGAGGGAGAUUCACAUGUUCCCUCGGUGCCAUUAGACGACCUUUACCGCUUACAACAGAUCAUACAGGAGGCCACCCAAAGAGAACAAUGCUUGGAAUCCAAGCUCAAUGCUCUCAGGAAUGUCGUGGAGGAAACGAAGAGGUCAGCGGAGGAAAGUUGGCAGGCCUACGUCGGAGAAGAACGAUUGCUCAGUAGAAUCUCCGCAUUGGAAAUCCAACUGCAUCAGGCCAGGAGUAAUUGGUCCGAGGAUAAGUUGAAAGAGGAAAUCGUUAGGCUUAGGGAAAACAACGAAAAAUACCAAGAAGCGGCCAAAGAAACGUUAGAAAAAGUGCACGGGGAAAAACAACGGGCUUUAGCUCAAGCGAUCGAGCUGGAAGGGGCGAAAAUAUCCGCGGAACAAGACGCCAUCUUGGCCAAACAACAAUUGGAUGUGGCCCAAGUGGAAAUCCAAGAACUAGCACAAAAACUGUCAGAACUACAAACGAAAGCGGAAGAAGAGAAGCGAGAGCACGAAAAACACGUGAGAGAACUGGAACAACAGAUGGAAGAGGAGGAGGCGAAAAUAAUCGAACUGGAGGCGAAAAUCUACGAACUCACGGUGGAAAUGUCAAAAAAGUAUUCGGAACGGUGGCUGCAGCAAAACCAGCUGAUCGAAAACGACCUGAAGACUAAAGAGGACAUUUUAGCCGAGAACGAGAUGACCGAGGAACUUUUGAAUAAGUCCAACGGGUUCGAACCGAACCAUAUUAGUUUAACAGUGGCCCCCGUGGAAGAAAAAGUGAAAACCGAAGACUCGGAACGCGAAUCGUCAAUAAAACACGACGAAUCGGACGAAUUAUCGGACAAGGAGGAAGGAAAGAGGGUUUCGUUUAACUUACCGGAAAAUGCAAACGAAUGCCAAGAAGACUCACAAAACGGCUUCCCGACCAACGAAGUCGUAGAAAACCAAGACGAAAGUCCAGAACCCGACAGCAACUUCCUUAAGAACGAAGUCGACUCGAAAACUUUAAAACACCAAUUCCAGUCCGCCCAAAGGGAACAAAUGGAACUAAAAAGAAAAAUCCAGAUCUUGGAGAAGAACAGCGAGUUCAACAAAUCGACCAUUCUGGAACUGAAUAAGGCGCUGUGCGACGAGCGACAAUUAAGUGAGGAACGACAGGCGGCAUGCGACACCCUCAAAGAAGAACUGAGGGUGCUGAAUCAGCGAUGGGAGGACAGCAACGGCAAGAACCUGAGACUGAUCGCGCGCGUAAACGAUUUGGUGAAAGAACUGGACAAACAAAAGGAGCAACUCUUGUUAGCGGGGAGUAAUGCCUCAAAGGAAACAGAAGAAGAAGAAGAAGAGACGGUGGUUGAAAACAAUGAAAUUGUCCAGGAAGAAGAAGAAGAAGGAAAAAUUGAGGAGCUCAACUCCUCCAAUAUGAGCGUAGUAAGUACCGAACAGUUGUUGAACAUCGAAGAGGAGCUGGUACUCCUCAAAGAGAAAUACGCGCAAAGUUGCGAGGAAAAGAUGCGUCUCCAAAGGGACCUGGUUAAAAUUAAGAUCCAAUACGAAAUGGUGUGCGACAGCAUGUACAACAAGUAUUUCUGGUACGUCGCCCCGUUGGUUAUUAUCGUACUGUACCUGCUGAUCAGGGAGUGGAUUUCCUGAUUGACGCUGAUCCUUUUGAUUUCGUUUUAUUAUUUUUUCGAGUUUUUAGUUAAAAUUAUUAACGAGACCUCGAGGAAGGUCGGCGGCCCGAAACAAUAAGCGAAACGACCGCCGGUUGUUUUUUUUAUGUUGUUGUUAUUGUCUUUGAUUGUCCUCUAAGAACGUUCAAAUAAUUUUGCUAUAUGGUCGGAUUAAUUGACAAAUUGUGUAUAGGGUGUCAAAAUGAGUGGUGAUAUACAGGCAAGGGUGAUUCAAAAAUAAGUCUUUAAUUUGGCAAAAUUUUUCUAUAGUAUCCUUCUAUUUUGAUGCAUUUGUUCGAAUGCUUUAAUUUAAAACCUCGGCGGAAAAAGGAGGUGUGCCCAAAAUGCUAGUUUUGUGUUAAUAGGGUUUUUAAUAUUCAAUUCACUUGCUCUUUGUUUUAUACGUAUCACUUUUUUUGCCAACUGAAGAUAUUUCUCGUCAAAAUAAUAUGCAUAUUGGAAAAAACUGUACGGAAAAAGCUAUUACUUUAAAUUUCACAUAAACCAAUAGAAAUAUAAAGUUCUGAAAAUGUCUGCACAUAUUGCAAGGAUAAUUUGACUAGAAACCUAUUUCAGCGUUUUGUAAACGAUUAAGAGAAUUUUGAAAAAACAAAAUUUUUUGAAGGAAUAUAAAUUAUUUAAAAAAUGUCCAUAAUGCAAAAACCAGUAAAAUUCAAUUUUCAAAAUUUCUAUUUAAAUUCCUGGAAUAAUAUAACUACAUACUUAUUUCACGGUUUUUCAAAAAAAAAACACAAAUUUUUGGGGAAAAUUUUUAGAAUGGUUUAUUUUUUUUUCAAUAUUCAACGAAGUGCGCAUAUCUUAAAAAACUAAUAAAAAUAGUUAUAAAAAUUUCUAUACAUAUUCCUGGGAUUAUUUCAUUGGACACAUAUUUCAGUAUUAAAAAAAAAUAAUCGUAUAGUAAUAAAUUGUCAAGGUUUUAAGAAAAAAAUUGGAUGAAAUGCCCAUAUGUCAAAAACUAGUAGCAAUAUAAUAAAAUUGUGAAAAUUUUUAUAUAUAUAUUCCAGAAACAAUUUUACUGCGUAUCUCUUUCAGCUUUUUUUAAACAUGUACAGAGAUUUUCUAAAGAUCCAUUUUUUUUCUCAAAAAUUUCCGAAAAUAUUCAUAUCGCAAAAACCAGUUGAAAUAAUAUUUUGAAAAUUUCUAUAUAUUUAUUCUGGAAUAAUUUGACUGGACACCUAUUUUAAUGUUUUUUUUUUUUCAAAAAUGUUACAAAAUGCCCAUACCUCAAAAAAGGUUUAAUUUAAGAUUCAAGCCUAUUUUUUUUUUAAGUUUUUGCAGCAUUUUAACUUGCGUUUUUGUACAAUUAAACUAGGAUAUUUUAAAAACGGUGCCUUAAAUCAAAAUUUUGCAAGAGUAACUUUUUUUUCCAAAUUAAAUGGAGAAUCUAACAAUUGACUUUCUCUGUAUGUUGUCCACGUCUUGAAGUCCCUUCGUAUGUUACGCCACUGACAAUUUUUUUAAAAAUUGGCUUCAAUAGUAAUUGACAAUUCACUACAAUAAGCUGCAUGCGAAAUUUAAUUAAAAUUGAGCUGGUAGUUUAAAAGUUAUGAUAAAUAAACUAAAAAUUACUCUUAACUUUAACACCCUGUAUCUUUGUUAUUAAACAUUUUUGAGAAAAAAAUUUAUAAUGAAAGUCUAUUUCUUUUUAAAUUCAUUAUCACGUAUUAAAAUUAAUGACGUUUAACUGGACCACCCUGUAUUUAUUCUUGAAGUAAUUGAACUAAACACCUAUUUCAGGGUCAUUCAAAAAUUUCCUGUAAUAAUAUUUUUUUUUUACUUUUACGUAUAACUAACGAAGUAGAGUAAAGCGGGGAAAUAUGGCAACAUAAAUGUCAAUCGCUCACAUUCUGACCUCCAUCGGACCUACUCGCAAUACGAACACUGAACCUUAGAGCGUACCCAUGUAGGUUUGCGGCGUGAAAACUCUCGUCGUCAGAAAGAGUAUAAUCAUAAAUGUCCAAUGAUACGGUAUUGCCAUAUUACCCGCACCCAUGGGUAAUAUGGCAUCUAGCUCAGGGUAAUAUGGCAACAUGUUUUCGUUAUGUAAAAAUUAGGAAUUAGGAUUUUUUUUUUAAUAAAAAAUGCUAAUGAUCCCAAAAACAUAAAUUUAUUUCUAAUGAAAGAAGUCAAAUACAAAACAUGAAAACUUAUUAAUAUAAUUCCUAGUGUCUACUAAUAAUGGCGUACAUUCUUCGCAAAAUCUGUCAGAUCUCGUACAUAUCUCAUGGAUCCAUUUCAUAUAUGUCACGCACUGAAGCCAGUCGCAUUUGGGACCUUUUUUGUCGUAAAAUGAUCCAUGACAUUGUGCGCAAAAUUCUGAUUCAUCAAUAUCGACUUUGGAUUCGUCGCUUUCCUGCGUUACUACUUCUGUUUCGGUAUCUGACGAAGAAGGGCUUGGUACUUCUUUGGUAUCCCGGUUUUCUUCGUUUUCUUAAUAUUUUGUAUUUUUUUCCGUUCUUCUUUUUGUUUUAAUUUUCUGUUAUUUUCUUCUUUCUUUGCCCGUUUUGCAGAAAUUGUUUCUGGUGAAGUUAGUAUCUCGGCAUGUUGUUUCCGUUUAUAGCCACUUGGUCCUGGUUCGACGCGUGGAACCGGUAAAAUUGCUUCAAAGGGAUUCGUAUCUUGAGGAUCCUCAACUGCAGUGACAUUACCACCUGGUCUGGGAUUAUUCUCCUCCUCACUGGAAAUCUUUUCUGGGUUAAGACUAUCUUCAACGUUGUUGUUGAUGUUCGUCGUUGACGAUAAAAGCAUAUUUGGGAAUUUUUUCGGGAUUAAAAGGGUAAAUCCCACAGGUUCUAAAACCGGAAGUCCCGUUUUGAAUUGUUGCAGCCUUACACCAGGCAAUAUUUAAUAGUUGCAAUCGGCUUAGUUUUUGACCAGGAUUGUUAUGAACCCAGUUUUGACAAGUUUGAGCCCAAUAAGCUUUCAAGGGCUUAAAGAAUAAGCGAUCAAGCGGUUGGAGCCAAUGAGUGGUGUGGCUGGGCAAACAUAACAGGAUUACGUAAUUCCCUACAGCAAAAUCUAAGAGUUCGACAUUGGAACAGUGCGAGGAAUGUCCAUCCAUAAUUGAGGCUAUGAGUGCAAAAACGGACUAACCCCAAUAUUAUUAAGUGCUAAGAAAUAGGCUUAAAAAAUACGAAAAUGUAAGUGUGCAAAACCCUUUUAAAAGGACAUUUUUGUAGUUCGAAUUAAUUGAGUGUUCUUGGGUGUUACUUAAAUUUGCGGAAUUUGUUUUAAAUUUUUGGAUAUGGCUAAUAUUCGAUUUUUCUAUGUGGGUUAGUCCACUCUGCAUUUAAAAUAGAUUGGGUUUUUUUAAUGGGUUACUAUAACUUAAGCUAUAAUAAGUUUUACGUCAAAAACUUUAUUACUCGUAUUGUCACGGGAAUAAAUAAAAAAAUAGAAACUUUAUUUUUUUAUUAAGUAGGUUAUAGUUAUUAAAUAGGUAAAGUUUCUUCUUCCUCAAUUGGGCCAAUUACUUCACCUCCAGUUGCUUGAGCGGAUGACCUCAGAUUUUUAUAAAAAUCUCGGUAUAUAGGAGGGAUGAAUUCCAUUAACUCAAGGAGAUCUUUCUUUUUAGCUUUUAGCUUCAUUAAUGGCAUUACUAUUUGGGUAUAAACGGGGCAGAUCCUUAAUUUCCUUGGAAACAGAUUUCCUUUUAUUAAGAUCUACUGUGUUAAAAUAAACCUGUUCAUUAUUUAAGUACUUAUACUGAAUAGUAUUGGGAAAAUCUUUUCUAAACCUUAACCAUUGGAUUUUGAGCCACUCCACCCUUGUUUUUGUUUCAGAUACUUUUCUGUUUGUUAUGUUACUUUCAAGUUACUUAGUAGAAAAAAUCUUGACUUUCUAGCAUGUCUUAUGACUGUAUGCCAGUCUUAAGGUAUAAAGAUAUGUGGAUGGAAUUUCUUUUCUUUUUCUAAGAUUCCGAAAUUUUGGUCGCAUGGUAAAUAGGAAUGACAUAAAUAAUGGAGAUGCAGUAAUAUAGUUACAUAUCAAUGACAUUUUUAUAUUACGAUUCUGACCACCACAUUGGUCAGAAUACAUAAUAAGUCCCUUCGAUGUAACAAAGUUUUUUAUCUAAUAUAAAAUACAAGAUCCCACCUCUUGCAGCUCCCUGGAAGUAAUACUUUCAUCCCAUACAAACAUGAACAAAUUAUUGGUUGCCAUUUCAUGUAUAUUAAAGCAGUAAGUCCAUAACUUGAAAUGCCUGUGGUAAGUACAGAUGUAGGAAGAGUCUUCAUUAGAUUAAAACAUAAUAUGACUGCUGCGUUUUCACUUUUUGCCAGUUCAGUGUCUUUUCUUAGGGUGUCUCUAGAACAUUGAGCCUUCCUUUGGUGAAGUUCCUUCUCAACUUCUUAGUGCUGCCUCUAUCUCGUAACGAAAAGGAAUAAGUCGUUUGGUCCACUGUGCAGUAAAUAGAUUUUAACUUGACGGAUAAUAUUCUACAAUAAAGCCGAUUUUGAAUUUUUGUGGGUUAGUCCGAUAUUGCACUCAUAGCCUCAAUUAAUAGAACCUUACCGGUACCUUUCCGCGGAAUAAAAAAGUCUUUAAACCAUUGGAAGAAAAUUUCAGAUGGGACAUAAGCUGACUUUUCGCCCAUAAAUAACAACCUUGCCGCCAGGUGGUAGGCCAUCUUCAAAUUCCCGUUUUUUUUGUAUUUUUGCCCUUAAAUAUGCAGCAGGAUGGGAAAAAAGUUCCUUCUGCGUUUACACAGGUUAUAACGGAAAUAGUUUCUCCUUUUUCAGCGCUUGUGAUACAAUUUACCAUUUUAGCGCUUUUUGUUACCACAACUUUACCUACUGUUUCAUCGAGAUUAAAAAUCUUUUGUGGGGUAUUCAAUAAAUUAAUUUCUCUAAGAACGUUUCCCAGUAAUUAAAAAUAUUGUGUACAUUCCUGUUUUGUCAUGCCCUUGGCCCUGGCAGUAGACAUCCCUUGAGCCUUACGAACGGCCAGUACAGGGUGUCUUCUCAUAAAGGCUAGAAACCAGUCUUGUCCUGUCAUUUUCCGUUCAGUAUUGAAUUUAUGUGGAAUAUUUUGUUGGACCACAAAAGAAUAAGCAAGAUUUCUUAUAUCAUGAGCAGUCAGAAUGAUAAAAAAAUACGAAUCACCAUUAGCUAUACCUAUCAAAAAAGUACUUGGGGUUGCACUUGCAUUUUCAUGCGGCAUAUUACCCCACGGUGCAACACUAACGUUUCAACUAAAAAGCAAAAACCUGGUGUAAAUGCAGUCAGCGGCGAAGGUGUUAAAUGUUAGGUUACAUUUAACGCUUCAUGAAUCUCACCUCGCCACAGCAACGUGAAUUAUGUCAAUCGGAUCACAAAAACAUUUAAAAACUCCUACCAUAUAUCGUAUAAAAGUAAUUUUUGGUGGGUACUUAACCAGUUUUUGGGGUUUAUCGUGCACUAAAUGAUAAAAAUUAUAGGAAAUCAGUAAACAAGUGGUUGACUACGUUAAUGUCGACAGGUUACUAUGGUAGUGCAGAGUGAGCUAUGAGCGAACUGAGGCAUAUUCCCCCGCUUUACUCUAUUUUGUAGUAUAAAUAAGGUACAAUGUGUUACUUUUUCUACAUGUUAUUAUAACGGAUAAUAACAAGUAUUAAUAUAUUGUACAGUUUUGACUAUGAUUUUUUGGAUAUUUCAUUAAGGUUUCAUUAUAAAUUUCUUCAGUAGGGUAUAAAUAUGGUUUUUUAAUAAUUAUUUUUAGUAUUUUAUUCUGCAUUAUCCGAAGCAGGGGACUUAAAGAGUUGUAAUACAUAUUUCCCCAGAGUAAUAUUUCAUAUUCAUUGAUUCCACUAAUUUUUGGUAUAUGGUAUAACUUCUGACUAAAAUAUUUCCAAUAGUGUAACUGGUAAACUAGAAAAUUUAAUUUUUUUUGUUAAUUGUGCAGUACCGAUAAUAAUUCCCCAAUACUUUACAUUUUACGCUUCAUGAAUCUGAUCUGGUAGAUUUUGAAUAUCGAUCUUUUGAAAGCAUAAUUUUAUUAUGAACACACUGUUUUGCUCCCUUCCGCGUAUCUCCAUCAUAAGCGACAACAGCAAUUACACCUUUUAAAUUUGUAAUUGAGUUGUUUCAAAAAAUAAACAACAUGGUUUACUUAAGGAGUACUCUAUUUAGUUUAACAAUCAUUCGUAGUCUUUGCUAACACAAUUUUGUUUCUUACCGAUAUGUACUCUUAGCUAAACUCGCUUACACUUCCAAGUAGCUAGAUUUCGCUGUUGUUUUUUUAAUAGAUUUUCUUGAUUGAUGAGUUAGAAAUAAUACACACUCAGUGCCACCAGAAAUAUGUUCAAAUUCCUCAGGUAUAACAUCGGAAUCACUGGUAGUUCAAAAUCCCCAUAUUUUAGAAGAACCGUUAUUGGAAAUUAAUAUUAAAAAAAAGCCAAAAGCAAAAACUAAGCUUUUCAUCUUUUAGCUAUGUAACACUCAUAAAACCUUCUUCUUAGGAUGCAGCAGCAAUCUAAUUCUUAAAAUGUAAAAGUCGUAUGUGGCAAAUGCAAUUUUAUAAUCGGAAGAUAUUAAAAUAUUCGAAAGUGAAUGUAGUGUAAGUAGCACGUAUGCAACUGAAAAGUUUUGUACUUCUACCAGGGAAAAACAAACCACCGAGAAGCGACAAAACCCGCAUUUACCGUUGAUUUUCUGGGGUCCAAUUUUGGUGCCCUUGAGCGGGCUUAAAUGACUGGCGCUACAUAUAAAGUAACGGAGAAAAAUCGUUUUGGCAAUUUAAUAGUUCCGUACACGGAGAGAAAUACGACAAUUAAUAGAUUAAAAAUUUUAUUGGGAAUUUGAAAUCAAAACUAUUACAUUAUUUUACUGUUGGUAUAGUUAAGUUAUAGGUAUACCUAAACUAUACCGGGUGAUACAGGAAAAAGGGAACACGCAACAACUUUUUUAUUUUUCAAUAUAAAACAAUUGAAUACGUCAAAAUAUGCCUUUAUAACCAUUCUAUUGACAUACCAAAUUUCAUUAGUUUAUCUUGAAAAAUAAAAAAGUUAUUGCGUGUUCCCUUUUUCCUGUGUCAUCUGGUAUAGUGCCAACUAUAAAAAUUACCAUUUAGGAUAAAUAAUGGAAAACAAAAAAUCUUCUAAACAAACUUUUAUUUUUUGAGGAAAUAAUAUUGGCUCAUUGUAUAGUGAAACACAAAAAUACAUUGGCAAUAAUUAAAUUAAACCUAGGUACAUUUAUACAUUCCGCAAAAUUUUUAGUUUUCGAACAUUUUUAUCUUUAUUUGUUUUUAAGACCCUAUUAUUAUAUUUAAUGGUGUAAAAUAUUUUCAUAAAUAUAAAUAAUUUUAAGAUAAAGGUUUUUGGAAAAUGUGCACAAGGGUGUAAUAAAUUGUUAGAUAUUCCCUGGUGUAUGCACAUUUUCUCAAAAUUACAAUUGAAUAUUUCCUCUAAUUUAAAUAUAUAUGAAAUAAACUCUUCUGGAGGAGAUUGUAAGCCACCAAAGUUACAUAUACUGGAAUUAUAAGCCUUAAAAUGAAGAAAUAAUCUAUUUAUAUCCAUUUCAUCACACAUUUUGCCGAAAUUGGUGCAGGUAUCACAGUUAAUAUGAACUUCAAGUGCUCUUUUCAUAAUAUAGCCACAAACAUACCGAAAGGCAUUUUCUGUGGGAAUAUGGUCUGUCCUAUAACUAUAGUUUUGAAGUGCAAUACCUUUUGCAACUUCAGAUUUUUUUUCAUUGAAAAUUUCGGGUAUAUUGAUGGAUUUGACGUUCAUCAAUAUACUAUCCAAAUCAUUUUUACAAUUCAUUCUUUCCGAAUGUAAGUAAUUCUGACAGAACAGCUUUUUAAACGCUCUUUGGAAUUGCAGUGGUGUUGGAUUAACAUUAUUCUCACUUUGCUGCCUUACAGCACCAAAGAAAUUUUCGAUACAAUCUGUAUUUAAGGGAGUGUUACUACUCGGCUGAGAAGAAGUCUGAGUAGAAGCUGACGGAGAAAGAAGGCCUGGUGGAGAAUUCUCGGACGGUUUAUCUAUUUCGAUAGAUAGGAGGUUGCCGAGGGGCUCGCACACUGAAUAUUGUGAAGUGCUUUAAUGUGAAGUGCUUUAAUAUUGUGAAGUGCUUUUUGCAAAUAAUAAAAAAAUGCUUUAACAUUUUAAAACUUUACAUCUUUAAUAUGAAUAAAAUUAGAAAGUAAAACUGAUUUACCAUAUAGUCUUUGGUAAACUAAAAUAAAUUUGGAAAUUCUGCUCAGGUAAAACUACCUUUGUAUUUGGUUUUCAAACUUUAAAUAAAUUAUAAAUAAGUGAUGGUGAGGUUAGUUUUUAUAGAAAUGGAAACAAAGACAAAGGGUAUUAUUUUACCCAUUUUAUAUGGGGUCCAGACAUUUUGGUACCUAAUCCUAAUCCUGGUACCUGUCCCAGACAAGUUUUGUAUAACCAUUUUAUAACAAGACCUUGUCUGGGCCUUGUUAUAAGAUGGUAUAAAACUAAUUAGAGUUUUCUGAAAAAUAAUCCAUUCUUACUGAAAUCUUAUUCCAACCUACUAAACUGAAAGAAGAGAGUCUUACCAGGAAAAAUAUCCAAUAAUGGGUGUUUUUUAGGCGUCUUAGUUUUGUCAUAAGGAGAAUUUUUUUCGGCAAUACUUUGCUGGGCCAACGUUGCUGGUUUCAUAAUUGCAGGCUGUAUUAAAAUAUCUAAAAAGAAGAAAUAUAAUAGAUACAGAAUAUAUUUUUAUGUGCAAAAUAAGGUUUCAAGCAUAAAAUUAAUAUUAGUUAGUAGGUAAAAAUUGUAGUUAAGUUAACCCAUCAAAAGCUAACAGGAUAGAAUUUUUAUGUCCUUUUCCUUUGAGACUUUUUUUGGCUGUCCAUCCUCAAGCUGUUCACCUUCACAAGUCCUUUUUGUGGGAUUAGGAAAUAAUGUUGGUAACGCGUUAGGUAACAAACGCUUUCUUGAGGGCCCUGCUUAUAGUUCCUGGUUAGUUGUUCUCUAGGUAUCGAAAACAAGUCUGUUUUAUAGCAAGCUGCCAGCCAUAACUUGACACUGAAAGUCAUAAAAUUACAUGUUUAAUUCAAAAGCUAAUUUUUUUUUUUUUUAAUUACUGCAUAGAUAAAUCCUCUAAUUACUGUAAUUACGAAAAACAAAAAAAGAAACAACUUAUUUUGAGUUGAAACAAUUAAAAGAAAAGUUGAACUUACCGAUCUUCUUCCUGCGGAAAAGCAAAGAAAGAAACACCACACCCUGUCUUUGAAUGACAUUUACGAAAAGCACAGGUAUAAGGCAUAUUAUAAAAGUUUUUAAUAAAAUAAAGAGCACAAUGACAACACACACAAAAAAUAAACACAGAGAAAAAUUCAGGCAAAACUUGACUAGACUAAAGUAGGCGUCGAAUAUUACCGGACUAACCGACGGCUGGCAGGGGACCGGCAAUAAGACAGGUAUACCAAACAAGCUCGCACAUGCGCAAGAAAAAUCGGUCCCGGCUUUGUCCCUUCUCGGUGGUUUGUUUUUCUCUGCUUCUACCUUACAAUUUUGUAGCUCCUCUUGUGGCGCUAAUAACUAAAAAAAUAGUACAUACAACAGUGCAUCUCUGAGGUAUGAAACUAAUAAUAAUAAUAAUAAUAAACAUGUUUAUCGUAGAUUUUUUUAAAAUAAAACCACUGUAGCAAGGUGCCCCCAAGUAAACUUCUCAUAUAAAAAAUAUUGGGACAAAUUUAUCUUUUGGGCACUUUAGGUUUUAGAAAAUCUGAUAAUAAUAAUAAUGACGGCCGUGUCGGUUAUUGUUUCGUGGAACGUCCUAGGAAUGUUUUUUUCUCGGUAGCUUUAACAUAAGGCGCUAAAAACCCAUAAAAUAAACUAGAAUAUAAUUGUUUAUAAGUGCAUAUUGUAAAAAUUCAUUGUAUAUUAUUAUACUGUUGUUGCAGGGUAUGUGAGCCAGUUGCCCCCAGUUUUUUUUGUUUUUAAUUUAUUGCGGACUGAUUUUGUAAAUUUGAAUAUAAAACCUGCCCUGGGGGGGGAGGGUAUAUCUGCACAAACCCUCGUACAAAGCACCAUUAAAACUGUAUUUUGCCAUAUAUAUAUAUAUAAAUUCCUUUUUUCAUUUUCCUCAUGCUCUAUGUCUCCAUUUUUGGGGUAGGAUUACUAAUGGCGUUAUUUUAAAAGAAAGGAUUCGUUAAACACAAUAAGAACCUGUGAUAGAUGAUUCAUUAAUUGUUUAAAAAAUCCACCCUGAAGACUCCUUUUUGCUAAAAGUUUGUAUAAUGUUAUAUUUAUGUAUAGCAACAAUUUAAUAUAUUUUAUGUUUUUAUUAUAUAUAAAUAGGCGAUUCAUGUACAUAUUGAUUCGAAUAAUAAGAGUACGAGUAAUUAAAAAAAAAUAAGUUAAAAUGAA